AUGCCUACGAAAAAAGUAGAUUUUCAAAGACUUCCCACAAAUAUUUCACCAUAUCAUUAUGAUAUUUCGUUAGCAUUGGAUUUGAAAAAUUUUACAUCAACCGGAGAGGAAAAUGUUUACAUUGAUAUACAAGAAUCGACAAAUCAAAUUAUUUUAAAUUCUGUCGAUAUUGAGAUUAAUUAUGCUGCUUUUCAAAAUAAAAAUGGUGACACUAUAUUAUCGAAAGAAAUUAUUAUCAAUCAAGAAGAAGAAACGGCAACGAUAUUUUUUCAUGAUAAUCUCAUAGUGGGAAAAAAUGGUCAUUUAAAUUUGAAAUUUCAAGGGAAAAUCAAUGACAAACUAAAGGGUUUAUAUCGCACAAUUACCCAAUUUGCACCAACAGAUGCAAGACGUUGUUUUCCCUGUUGGGAUGAACCUAUUCUCAAAGCAACUUUCGAAUUAUCUUUAGAAAUUCCAAAUGAUUUAUCCGCCGUUUCCAAUAUGCCGCUAAAGAAAAAAAUAGUUAACAAUAUCACAGAGACUUGGUUAUUUGAGAAAACUCCAAAAAUGUCAACUUAUUUAUUAGCAUUUGUUGUCGGUGAUUUUGAUUAUAUAAAAGCAAAAUCAUCCGAUGGUAUUCUAACACAAAUUUACACACCCAAGGGAAAAUCACAAUUGGGAAAUUAUGCAUUAGAUGUUGCAACAAAAGUAAUACCCUAUUAUAAAGAAUAUUUUAAAAUUGCCUAUCCAUUGCCAAAAAUUGAUUUAAUAUCAGUAAUGGAUUUUGCAUUUGGUGGAAUGGAAAAUUGGGGUUUAAUAAUAGCAAGAGAAAUGUGUUUAUUAGUUGAUAUGGAUAAUACAUCGACAACACGUAAACAAAGAAUUGCAUUACUUGUUAGUCAUGAAAUUGCCCAUCAAUGGUUUGGUAAUUUAGUAACAAUGAAAUGGUGGGAUGAUUUAUGGCUUAAUGAAGGUUAUGCAUCGUUUGUUGAAUUUCUUUGUGUUAAUCAUCUUUAUCCUGAAUAUGAUAUUUGGACACAAUUUGUCACCGAUACCUAUAUACCUGCACUUGAAUUAGAUGCAUUAAAAAAUACCCAUUCAAUACAAAUACCAAUAAAUCAUCCAUCGGAAAUUGAUGAAAUAUUCGAUGCAAUAUCAUAUAAUAAAGCAGCGUCAAUAAUAAGAAUGUUACAUUCAUUUAUUGGCGAUGAAAAUUUUAAAAAAGGUAUGAAUAUUUAUUUAAAGAGAUAUUCAUAUAAAAAUGCCGAGACAAAUGAUCUUUGGGAGGCAUUAGAAGAGGCAAGUAAUUUACCAGUAAAACAAAUAAUGCCCACAUGGACAAAACAAAAAGGAUUUCCAAUAUUAGAAGUUAAUCAUCAUUGGCAGGAUUCGGAUUUGAUAUUAAAAAUUUCUCAACGACGUUUUUUUAUUGAUGGCACUAAAAGUGGGGAAAAUAAUCUUUGGAUUAUUCCAAUUCAAAUAAGAACAAUUGGUUAUUAUAGAACUAAAUAUAGUGAAGAAUUAUUAGAAUUAUUGAUAGGUGGAAUAAAAAAUAGUGAAUUACCACCUCUCGAUAGAUUGGGAAUUUUAAAUGAUACAUUGGCAUUUGCACGCGCUGGUGAAACAUCAACUGUUGAAGUUUUAAAAUUAUUGCAAUCAUUUCAAAUGGAAUUUAAUUCAACAGUUUGGUCAAGUAUUAUCACUUGUUUAGAUGAAAUUGGUUUAAUAUUGAAUAAUUCUGAUUUUGAGAGUUUAUUUAAAAUAUUUGGUCGUUCUAUUUUACGAACAAUUUAUACAAAACUUGGUUGGGAUACAAAAUCAAAUGAAAGUCAUUUAGAGACAAUUCUUCGACCAUGUAUACUUGAGAAAAUGAUUUUUCUCGAUAAUGAAGAAACAAUUAAUGAAGCGAAACGAAAAUUUGAAUUACAUCUAUCGGGAAAAUGUAUUUUAUCACCAGAUUUAAAAAAUCCGGUUUAUAAAGCUGUACUUCGUGUUGGCGAUAAUGAAACACUUGAAACAAUGUUGAAAUUAUAUCGUGAAACUGAUUUACAAGAGGAGAAAACAAGAAUUUUAAAAGCUAUUGGCACAGUUAGGGAUGAGCAUUUAAUUAUUAAAGUUUUGAAUUUUCUCAUUAGCGAUCAAGUUCGUUUAGCCGAUACAGUACUUGCUAUUCCAUCAAUUACAAUCACUUAUAAAGGACGACUAUUGGUUUGGGAAUUUUUCAAAAAAAAUUGGAAUCUAUUUGCUGAACGUUACAAUGGUAGUUAUUUAUUUCCUGGGCUAGUAAAAUUUGUCACUCAACAUUUUACAACUGAGGAUAUGGCACAAGAAGUUGAGGAAUUUUUUGAAAAUAAAUCAAAAGCAAGUAUUGAACGUGCAAUUUUACAAGGAGUCGAAUGUAUACGAUUAAAUUCCACAUGGUUGAAUCGCGAUAAAGAAUUGAUAAAAAAUUUUCUAAACUCUCAACACGAAUUGAAUUGA